CUCUAAAAUUUCCCUUUCCAAUUUCUCUCUCUCCUCAAAAUGUCUCCGGCUAUCAACGCCACCGCCGCCGGCGAUGGUAAAUCCACCGCAAGUCCGAUAAAGACGAUCGUCAUUCUAGUACAAGAGAAUCGAUCCUUCGAUCACAUGCUCGGCUGGAUGAAGUCUCUAAAUCCAGAAAUCGACGGCGUCACAAAUGAAAACCGAUUCUCGAACCCUGUCUCCACCUCCGAUCCAAAUUCGCCUUCUAUUUUCUUCGGAAACGCCUCCGCCUACGUCGAUCCUGAUCCCGGCCACUCAAUCCAAGACAUAUACGAGCAGAUUUUCGCCGAGCCGUGGUCCGACGCCUCUCAAUCGAAAGAUCCUCUUCCGCCAGCGACGAUGCGAGGCUUCGCACAGAACGCAGAGCGGAUCGAAAAAGGAAUGUCGGCAACAGUGAUGAACUGAUUCAAGCCGGAGGCGGUGCCGGUGUUCAAAGAGUUGGUGAUGGAGUUCGGAGUGUGUGACCGGUGGUUCGCGUCGGUGCCGCUGUUUGUGCACUCGGCGACGUCGUUUGGACUGAGUAGUAACGAUAUGAAGCAAUUGAUCGGAGGACUUCCGCAGAAGACGAUCUUCGAAUCGUUGGAAGAAGAAGGCUUCAGUUUCGGGAUUUACUACCAGCAUCUUCCGUCUACUCUGUUCUACCGGAAUCUAAGGAAAUUGAAAUACAUAAAGAAUUUCCAUCCCUUUGGGAUCGAUUUCAAGAGACACUGUGAAGAAGGAAAGCUCCCAAACUACGUAGUGAUAGAACAGAGAUUCUUCGAUUUAGCAUCAUUACCUGGAAACGACGAUCAUCCUUCUCACGACGUUGCAGAAGGCCAAAAACUCAUCAAAGAAGUCUACGAAGCUUUGCGAUCCAGUCCACAGUGGAACCAGAUCCUGUUCUUGAUCACCUACGAUGAGCAUGGAGGUUUCUUCGACCACGUCCCCCCGCCGCUCGUCGGAGUCCCUAAUCCCGACGGCCGCGUCGGUCCUCCUCCCUACAAUUUCAUGUUCGAUCGCCUCGGUGUUAGGGUUCCGACGGUUUUUGUCUCUCCUUGGAUUCAACCCGGAACAGUGUUGCACAGGCCGUUGGGGUCAGAUCCGUCAUCGGAGUUCGAGCAUUCGUCAAUUCCUGCGACGGUGAAGAAGAUUUUUGGUCUCGAGCAAUUCUUGACGAAGCGCGACGAAUGGGCCGGCACUUUUGAGAUUGUUCUUAAUCGACACAGCCCAAGAACUGAUUGUCCAGUGAAGCUAAAGGAUCCGGUGAAAUUACGAGACGUCGAGGCAAACGAGACGAGACGACUGAGCGAGUUUCAGGAGGAGUUGGUAAAGUUAGCAGCAGUGCUGAAAGGAGAUGAGAAGAAGGAAACAAAUCUGGAAAAGGUAGUAGAGAAGAUGAGAGUUGUCGAGGGAGCUUCAUACUGUGAAAAAGCACUGAAAAGUUUCGUAAAAGAGUGUGAGAAAGCCAUGGAAAAUGGAGGUGAUGAGGUGAUGAAAGUUCUUCAGCCUUCUUCUAAUACCACCAAGAAGCCCCCCAAGUCUUUUGCUCGCAGGUUCCUUGCCUGCUUGGCUUGCCAUGGUUGAUUCAGUAUUAAAAUCAUCCAUCUUCUUUAUGCACCUUUAGUUUGAUUUUAAUAUGUAAAGAAUGAUGUUAGUCA